GUCUGCAGCAGGAAGAACCAGGUAAUUUAUUUUCACUGUGCACUAAAAGCACAGCCCAACCGACGCUGCAAUGCUUGCGGUUCACCUAUCCAAAAGCAAAGGCUGGACUGAGUCUGAAUAUCUCCGAUUCAUGCCCAAGCAUGUGCAAAUGUGCACCUGAAGAGAUUAUCCACUGUAACAGAGCAGGACUGAGAGCCCUCCCUGGAGAAAUAGCAGCAUCUACUGUCUCUUUAAACCUCUCCAAUAAUUAUUUGCAGAUUCUCACAACCAAUACCUUCAGAAACCUGACUUUCCUCCACAGCCUCUGGCUAGAUGGAAACAAUCUGACUUUCCUGUCCCCAGGGACCUUCCACGCUCUCAGCAAGCUGCGAGAGCUGCACCUCAGCAGGAACUCACGUCUCACCUACCUGCAUGCAAACACUUUCAGAGGACUAUUAAACCUCAUCAGCCUGGAUUUGUCCCACUGCAACAUCUUUGAAAUCCACCCACUUCUAUUUUCACACCUACCUUCUUUAGAAAGACUUGAUUUAGCCUCCAAUAACAUGCGGUAUGUCCCACAAGCCUUUAGGAAUCUCUCCAGCCUCACAAGGCUGUCCCUGGAGGGCAACCACAUAGAAGCCAUUGGCAGAGAUUCCCUGAAGGACCUGGAAACCCUGUACGAUCUGAAUCUGAGGAAGAAUCGGAUAUGGAUCAUUCAAAAUGGCGCUUUUAAGAAGCUUCUCAGAUUGGGCGUGUUAAAUUUAGGACACAACUUCAUCGCUGAUUUGCCUAAUCAGCUUUUCGACGGGUUGAUCCAGCUCAAGACCAUGCACCUUGAAGCCAACAGAAUCACUGCUGUUGACUGCACCUUCAGACAUCUGCUGAACUUGAGAAACUUGUACCUGAACAACAACCAGAUCUCCCUCAUCUCAGACUCUGCUUUCUCGUACUUAAACAAGCUGCACUUCCUUCACCUGAGCAAGAACAACCUUAGCUCCCUACCCAUCCGCUUGUUCGCUGAACUGCCAAAACUGAAGUAUGUGUUUUUAUCCCACAACCCCUGGAAAUGCGACUGCAAGAUGCUUUGGUUCUGGCGGUGGACCGCAACACGCAGGGGAGUGAUCGAAGGGCUGCACUGUGCCUUCCUGGGCUCUCACAACACCACAGCGCUCAAUGUCCCCCAUCCAGGGGACCUGAUGGACUGCAUGGUGCCACCUGAGCUGGCAAGUGAAGACAAGUGCAGGGUGGUGGGUAUCAGCACGGCUCCCGGGCCCCCCACUCUCCCCAGCAAGGUCAUCCUGCUGGCACUUGUCUGCCACAUGUGGUAUUUUGUGAGGGGAUGGGUCGCCUCCAUGGCCACAUUUUGACAAUAUUUACAUUAUAAAGUGGAGGCCAUUUAUUUAUUUUCUUACCAUUUGUUUGUGAACAAUGUUUUUCAUUACAGGUAGAUUUUAUAUGGAAAUAGAGGGAUUUUAUUAUAUAGGAAUAAACGCUUUCAUUCGUGGACAAUGCUCAAA